GUGAAAGACGGUUCACUUACCACUGUGAUAGACGGAUAUACAUACACAUACACUCACCCACCCACACACACACACACAAACACACACACCUUGAAGAUUAAACAGUAGAAAUCACAACAUAGUUACAAAAGAGAAACUAUUUAAAAGAAAUUUCUAUCAUUAUUAUCAUUAUUACUAUUAGUGCAUUUGAUGUUACUAGUUCUCUACAGAAUCGCUGAUGUUGAAGACUAUAAAAAACGCCUAAAAGUCAACUUUUGUAAAAAUCUUUUAAUAAUCAUUUAGCUACUUAUGCUAUCAGUAAAAAAAAGCAUCUCAAAACAUCUAUUUGCAUCAUUUAUAAGCUUUUAUUAAACAAUAUUCGUAAAAAAAUCUUCAAGUUUUACACAUUUCACUUCAACAAUGUAUAAUACAACGAAUAUCACUAUUGAUAGUAUAAUCAAUAAUAUUAGUACUACUAGUAGUAUUGUUCCAGACGAGAUUAACUCAGUUUAUACUGAGCCUGCAUCUGCUUCAAUAGAUGAAUUAAUCUAUGGAUUACAUGAAAUCUUACAAGGAGUAUCACCCACAUGCCGUCAAGCUGCAACACUAUUCUUAUCAGGAUUUUUCGUUGUCGGUGUUCUAUUAAUCAUACCAGCACUUAUGCAAACAGCAGCUGCUUAUGUAUGGGCUGCUCAAGUGCGUCGUGAAUCAGUUACACCGACACAGUUACAACAGUGCAAAACAAACAAGCCGAACACAAAUAGCGUCAAUGUUCAGAGACAAGCUACAAAACGCAGAUUACCAAAACAAGACAGAACCUUAUUUCUAUACCGUAUACUCGCCUGUACUGGAUCACUACUUGUUCUUAUAUUUUCUACACUACCACAAUUAGUGAUUGCCGUGGCAAAACCUCCGAUACCAGACAGUAUAGAUAAACGCUGGGGCUGGUGUCAUGCAUUUGUAUAUGCGGAUCAUGUGACAAGAUGCUUUGCGAGUUAUUUAAUUGUUGUUCCAUUUCUAUUGUUAUUUUGGAAUUUUUUAUUCAGUGAAAUAAUACCACGUCAUCAUUUAAUUAUGCGAAAUGUAUUCGAAGUUAUCUUGAAGUCAUCCAUUUUUAUAGCCCUGUUCUCUUUAUGCAUGCCAAUACCAAUGGUAAUAAGACAGUAUGAAAAAGUGUGUCCAUCUAAAAACUUUUGUACAUGUGGACCGACAAUUCAUGGUGUUGCAACAUUCUUAUACUAUGACUUUGUAAUAACUCGUAUAGUUCCAGCUGUCUUUAUUAUAUUCAUCAGUAUUGGUUUCUUACGUUGGUUACCGAGAGAAGAUUAUGGUGUAUUCUAUGAACCAGCAAUCUAUUUAGCCCUUACAAUACCAGUUGUAUUAUGCGAAGUUAUCAUUCAUAUAUUUCAUCGUGCACAUAUAAUUAAAAAAUUAGCCAAUGUAAAUUUUUGCAAUUUUAUGCUUCUAUCGUAUUCAUUAUAUCAUACAUCGUUCAGUUGUACAUUUGUCCUUGCCACAUUACGUUCAAUGCUGAGCGAGAUACAGGAAGAACGACGUAAAAGAAGUAUGCUUUUCUAUGAUGAAAAUGUUGAUUCUGCACAACAGUCAGGAGGAGUACGAGCAUCAUCAUCAUCUCGUAGGAAUAAAAAUCUCGUCAACAGUGGAGUUGGUAAAGCCAACAAUACAAAAGACCAAAUGCAUGGAACAAAACGUCGUACAAAUUUAAUUCAUGGAUUACAAAAACAAUUCUCUGUAGCUUAUCGAUGGAAACCAGAUUUUACAGAUGAAGAAACUGAUUUUAUUGCUGGUCAAAUGGAAGAAUUAUCCAUGGACCAAUCGACUAAUCAGAAUACCUUCAAUAACAGUAAUAAUAAUGAUCCAAAUUUAUUAGAUAUUAACAUGUUGAACGAAACAGGUGAACAGUGCACUGAUGACGCCAUGCUUCAUUAUGCUAUUUUACAAAGAUCAGCCAGUUUAAAAAGAAAAGAACAAGAGAAACGUACCAAACCACACAUAGAUCCUUCUCACGGUGGUAACAUGAGAAGUCCAGAUUUUCAACACAGACAACCAAGGCAACAACGCAUCCCGAAUUAUACUGGUAGUAACAGAAUAGCUUAAUCCAACUAACCACAUUUAUUCAAUAUUGGUAUAAACUGGAUGGAAACGGCAUCAAUAGAGUCUAGAACAAACAUAAACAACACAUAUAGAAAUUCAUACAACAUUAUGUUGUCUUGAUUUUGUACUGCUUUGACGAACAAAUAAAACUGUCUGUUGUAACAUAAAUAGAUGUUCACCAUG